CACCCAAACAUUCGAUUCGUUUCUUUCUCCAAAACCUCCGUAAACCCUUCCCCUCCCUCUGUCCUCGUAGACGGAGCUAUGUGGAUCAGCCGCUCUAUACUCGCAAGAUCCCUCCUCCACCACCGGCACUACUCCCAAUCGGCGGCGGCCGCCGUAGCUGUCGCCCACUCCUUCGAGGAAGCUCCCGUCACCUACCUCGAGGACCUACCGCGGCCCGACCCCAAGUACGCCGAGACGAUCCUGGCCAUCCCCCGGGCCAGGUCGGGCAAGAACAUAUCCGCCAAGGAGCGGAAGCAGGGGCGGGUCCCGGCCAUCCUCUUCGAGCAGGAGGACGGCCAGCACGGCGGCAACAAGCGGCUCAUCUCCGUCCGGACCAACCAGAUCAGGAAGCUCGUGAACCACUUGGGCCGGUCUUUCUUCCUCUCUCGGCUCUUCGACCUCGAGGUCGCGCCCGAGUUCGGGGGCGACGAGGUUAUCGAGAAGAUCCGCGUUUUGCCUCGAUUGGUUCAUCUUCAUUCGGGCACGGAUGCGCCACUUAAUGUUACUUUCAUACGAGCUCCUUCAAAUGCUUUGUUGAAGGUUGAUGUCCCUCUUGUAUAUAGAGGGGAAGAUGUAUGUCCCGGACUAAGGAAAGGUUCUUCCCUUAACACCAUCAGGAGAACCGUCAAGUACCUCUGCCCAGCAGACAUAAUCCCUCCUUACAUAGAUGUGGAUCUGAGUGAGUUGGACAUUGGCCAAAAGUUGACGAUGGGGGACCUCAAGGUUCACCCUGCUCUGAAGCUCUUGAAGUCGAAAGAUGAACCUGUUUGUAAGAUCAUGGGUGCCCGGGUCUCCGACCAACAGAGGAGAAAAUAAAUUUACAAGGACUGACUCUCUUUUGGCUUCUUGUCAUCAAAUCCGCUCCAGAGCAAAAUCAUCGGGUGGUAAUUGGAUGUCUCAUCUUUCUGUGCUUUAAAUUUAUUUCUGGGGGGUAGCAGAAAUUGGGAAAGAGCGAAGACGAUUCUUUUUAAGGCCCUUGUUAGUUUAGUGAGGAGGAAGAGUGCUGAAUGGUGAAUGGUGAUAGAUCGGAGCUUGCUAUUCACCGGGACAUGGCAGAUAGGUACUUUGAUAAGAUAGCUGUUGCCAUUGUUUGUAGUGGAGCUGAUGUUUUCAGUAGAUGCUUCUCGGAGGUGAAUAAGAGCCCUUUGUUUCACGUAUUUGCAUGUUCAA